AUGAAGAAACAUUCAAGCAGAAGCCAAAGAGGAGGGAGCAGAGGUCUCAAAGGGAAGCAUGUCCUGCAGAUAUGUGUUCUGCUUGGAGUUUGCAUCUGGUUAAUCUAUCAAGUGAAGUAUUCUCAUGACAAGAAGAAGGAAUUCUAUGAGACAGAUGGCAAGAAGUUGUUAGAGAGUGAAGAUGGGAUGGUGAAGCUUGGGAGAAAAGAUCUUCUUCCCGGUUAUCAUAAGCAGGACGAGAAAGAGAAGCAUGUGGAAGAUGACGAGGAUGAAGAAGAAGAGAAAGAGAGCAAGAUUAAAGUAGAGAAUAGUAAUACUCAUGAGGAAGAGGAGAAAGAAGAUGAAGAUGAAGUAGCUGAGGAGGAUGAAGAAGAUAAGAGCAAGCUAGGAGAGGAAGUAGUUGAAGAGGAUGAGGACGAAAACAAACAUGAAGAAGAUGAUAUUGAUGAACAAGAUCAAAGUAAGACCACUGGAGAUACUGAUAAGGAUGAUGAGUUGCUUGAAGAAGAGAAGCAGAAUGGUUUGAAUGAGAAGGAUGAGAAAGAAAAAGAGACUAAUCAUGCAGAUGAGAUUGAUAUGACUGUUCAUGAGGCACGCGAGGAGCAUUACAAGGCUGAUGAUGCUUCCAGCGCGGUGUCUCAUGAGUCUCGGAUACUGAACACUGAGAAACUGAAAGAAAGUUCCGAAAAUUCAACAGGACCAUCUCAGGAGAACAGUUCCAAUGCCACUAUAAGUGAGGGCGGGGUUCAGAAGGAACCUGUCUUGAAGUUAGGAGAAGCUGUGGAGAAAACUAUCACAGAAGUGAAAGAAGGUGAGAGUGAAUCAUCCAAUUCCGAGAAUGCGGUAACUGAAUCAAGAGGUGAAACAGUGAAUGGCAAUUCGACAGAAGCUAUUGUUGAAGCUUCAGGGUUUUUGCAGAAUGAAACAAGAACCAUGCAAGAACGGAGUCAAGAACAUGACAAAACAGAAGAUGGUGCACCACCUUCAGGAUCCUCUGAUCUACAGACUGUCGUGGAACUUGAGCAAACCCGUAAUGAAACUGGUCCCAACAACAUCACUGUUUCUGUAAACAUUACCAACAAAUAUCCCAUUCAAGACGAGUCCAGGAACUCAACUUCAAACUCUUCUCUAGUUGAAAACAUCUCUAGUUCGAACACAACUGAGGUGAACGAGAGUUCAAGGUCUGAAGGUGAUUAUGAAACAGGUGAAAAGGAAAGUUCAAACCAGUUUUCCACAGAGCAGACGGAGGAAGCAGAUGAUACUCCUGAAAGCACAAUGUUGCAAGAAGAGAGAGAAGCUCUCACUGAUCCGCAAACUCUGCCGGAUAUAAGUGUAGAAGGGAACGAAGAAAAUGAAGAAGAAGCGAUGGCAGCAGAAUAA